AUGGUCUUAGCUCAGAAGCCGAUGUAUCUAUUAAGACAGUACCCCGGACACAGCAGAGUGUGCCUUCAAGAGCAUCUGAUGUGGGAGGACGGUUAUCUUGUUCCGCAAGCUGUGCUGAAGAAGCUUGACGCUCAGAUGGAGCGAUUAAGGGACGCAGCUGUAGGCGGCGCUGCGGGCUGCAGCGCCCAGAAUCCCGCGCUGGAGCAGCUCUCAUAUGACUGGAAGCUGCUGCACGCCAGUUUCCUUAGGUUUUCGUACCAGAUCUACAACUAUGGCGAAGGGUUGAUGGGGCAAGCUGUUUCAGCGGAGGCAGCCGAGUGGGUCUACAAUGAUUCCAAGUACUACAGGGCAGAUGCCCUCGACUCCGUGCAGAACCAACACCCGCCGGGAUGGGAUGAACAUUUCGCGUCUGGCAUCAAGACCAUCGCUGUGAUCCCAGUUCCUGGUGGAGCCGUACAAAUUGGUUCUGUUCUCCCGGUCAAAGAGGAUCCUUCUGUGGCCAAGCUUCUUCAAGAGAAGUUUGAGCAAUUGCAAAAGAUUCCAGGGGUUUUUCUUCCAGAUUUCAUCCCAGAAACAUCGUCGUCGCCUGCAACCAUCUCAGACUCCAUGCCAGCCUCCAUGUCCUUCAAUGCCAUGCAGUCCACCGCCCUUGCUCCCCUCAGCACAUCACAACCCAUGACCAACUUCGCUGGAACCGCCCCUGUGCAACCUCAAGGGACAGAUAAAUCCGCUCUGCUUCCAUGGAUAUUAAAUUGGAACGGAUUCGUCUGA